GUUUAACUCCGCAGUCUGUAUUUCUCCGCCUCGUCAACCCCAGAAAGUUGUCCCGACUGAUCGGUUACCUAUCAUGGCAGCGACAGACGCAGACCCCAGUACAUCAUUGCUGUCAACUGACAAUGAAGCCGAUGAGUCUAUCACAGUUGGCCGAGAAAAGGCGAGGCAGUUGAGUACCAGGGCAUGUGAUGCUUGUCGCGCUCGGCGGAGGAAGUGCGUGUUUCCGAGAGAUGGUGCAGGAACAGCGUCGCAUUGCGUGGGAUGCUCGAGACUGCAUAUUCAGUGUAGCUUUGAUAUACCUACGAGGCCUAGAGGCCCGAAGAGAAGAAGGACUCAGCUACCAGCAGUUAUUUCUCCAGAAUUACACGUCGAGAGCCCGACCCAUUACGAAGAAGAAGAAACACUCCAUACAGAAGUCCCGACACCUCUCGGCAAUUCUCAUCUAAGUCUGGCAUUCGGAUCAUCACCAAAUACACCAUCACCAUGCCGCCCACCGAUCCAUGGUCCCGUCGCGCAUCUCAGCCAGCCUCAAAAUGUCGAAUACUUCGAUCAUCAGUUCCAAACCGAUGAGAUCUGUCCUCGGAGUUUGUUCAUGACUAUCAUGGCGGAUUACAUCGAUCAUAUUUACCCGCUUGUUCCUGUCGUACAUCUCCCAACCUUCCGUAACGACUUAGCAUCGAAUAAGGAUAUCACCGACCUCGAUACUCUGCUACUCUUGGUUUCAAUCGCCGCUUUGACGGUGGGCUUGCUACCAUCAAAGUUUGACAGUUAUCACGCCCUGGCCGCCCGCUUCGGUACUCGGACGGCCAUGAUCAGCCGCUGUUCUCAGAUGUGCAUUCGUCUUCGCCCUGCAGAUUACUGGGAUCAUAUCAGCCAUCGAAAGUGGGCUAUGACUUAUUGUCUGUCGAUAGGCGUAUUUCAGGUUGGACAGAUCAAUCAGAGUCGCAUGUUUGAAGCAGAGUCAAUGCAGCUUGCACGAUUGCUAGGUAUGCAUCUCGUUUCUGAGUACGAGGGCUUGAACCCCAUUGAGACUCAACUACGGAAGAAGUCAUUCUGGUUACAGCUCUACACUUUCGCACAUUCCAAGAUACAGCCCGGUAGAUGUAAUUACUUGACAUAUCUUGACAACUAUACCCUUCGUGACGUCAACUUUGCUGCAUUGGAACCUUUGAACAUAGUCGAUGAAAACAUCACAGAAACUGGCAUCGUUGGCCAACUCCCCUCAACACCAUCCGUUGGGCUGCCAAACAACACCGACUCCGCUGAUGAUGCCCCAUUUCACUCCACCACCGUGUUUAUCAUGGCCUCUCGCGCAUUUCUUUUGGGGAUGAGAGAGUCAAUGUUCAAUGAUGGCUGCAACUGCGGUUUUGGUAGAUCCCCAGAGGAACGUCUAUCGAAGCUAAGAGACCUUCUUGAUCAACUGAGGUAUAUACUAGAUGGUCUGCCAACGCAUAUGCGCCAAUGGGGACCGGGUGAUAACUACCAGUCUUUCGACCGCAAUGAGAACCGCCAAGGUGCUUUUACCGAAUCUCAUAUCGAGCAUUUGCAGAACGAGAGCACCAGAGCCAACUUGCACGUCAGUCACUUGUGGCUUCAGAACUUUCUCCUAGACAAGAUGGAUGUCGCCUUACAAGAGAUGAAAGAUAGAGAGGGAGAUGACGCGUAUAUCACAACUCAACUUAAGCAAAACUGGAGAGACCGUGAAGACGUAGCCCGCCAACUACUUCACAUCCUCCACAGCAUCCCCCAUGCGUACUUAGAGCCCAACGGUCUAUAUCUCGUAAGUCUCAUCUCACCUUCUCGUCAUGAUGUUUCCAAACACUGAUACUUUGUGCUAGAUCUACAAAGUGCGUAGCAUUGCUAGUUCUCUGCUGAACUGUCCAUUUGAGACGGAUAGGCAGCUUUCCCGGCGGGUUUCGGAGUACAUACAGGAGUUUACAAAAGUGCUGUCAUAUCUCGAUCGGAGCGAGAUUGUGAACACCGACGGCCUUAGGAGUUGGAUUGACGAGGGCCAGCAUACGAAUCAUGACAGCUAGGACAGGGUGAUCCUCUUCGGAUGAUUUGUAAAACAAUCUCUCGCGAUUUGAUACAGAUGCCACACAAAGGGUGCGUGCGUUGUGAUCGUUGUUUUAGGUCGUAAUAAGCGCGGCCAUCCCGUAAGAGAACUUUUGACCUUAAACCCAAGGUACUAAAAUUUCAUAGUCUAAAGGCC